AUGUUUAGCAGCACGUGGGGGCUAAGACCCAAGGUCGUAAGAUGGAUCUAUACAGCCAUCAUGCUCCCACAACUAACCUAUGCAGCUGUUGCCUGGUGGCCGGCCAUGAACAAGGCCUGCCACAGGAAAACGGUGGCUAAACUGGGGAGGCUUGCUCUGCUGGGAAUUACGGGGGCGCUCAGAACGACUCCAACCUCGGCAUUGGAAGCGCUACUCUUCAUGCAGCCGCCACACCUCAUUAUAAGGGAUGUGGCGCUGUCUACAGCAGCCAGGCUGCAACUCACUGACACCUGGAGGGAAACCAAGAAGGGGCAUGCUUCGCUCCUCACGGAGGACAGGGUGCUCCUUGGCUCGCUGUUCAAAGGGGGAGACGCAUGCAGAACUGAAUGGCACCCUCAUAAGAGGUUCAAGGUUAACCUAGGCACUGCGGACACUGGCAGGCCUGGGUGGGCUCUAAAUGCUCGCCACCUCACGGGCUGGUCUGAAUUAGCUGCCUUGAGAGCCUGCGCCAGAAUCAUACUGGCCAGGCAGGACAAGGACAAGGUAAUACACGUCUACUCGGAUAGCAGGCGGGCACUAGGGGCCCUACUUAAACACGAGAGUGGCUCCAGGUUGGUAGACGACUGCAUAGAGUUGAUGGAUAAAGUUGCAACUUGCAACAAAUUAAAGGUGUCCUGGAUACCAGGUCACGCCGGCAUACUUGGCAAUGAAAAAGCCGAUAUGCUGGCCAAACAGGGAUGUCAAGCAAUGGCGCUGGUGAAUGAAGACCACUUUGGUGUUCAUUCAGACUAG